AUGUUCUCCCUCAAGUCCUUCGUUCUCGCCGGUGGCCUCGCGGCCCUCGCUGACGCUCACAUGAUGAUGAGAAUCCCCGCCCCCUACACUUCCCCCGCCAUCUCGUCCAGCCCCAUCGACGCUGGCGGUGCCAACUUCCCGUGCCAGAGCACCGGCGGCGCCUACGAGGGCACGCCGACUAAGAUGGAGAAGGGCUCCAAGCAGCAGUUGGGCUUCACCGGUUCCGCCGUCCACGGCGGUGGUUCCUGCCAGGUUUCCAUUACCUACGACGAGAAGCCCGACAAGUCGAGCUCGUUCAAGGUUCUCAAGUCGAUUCAGGGCGGCUGCCCCGCCAGGAACACCCCCGGCAACCUUCCCGAGAACCCGAGCGGUGACGCCCCGGACACCUACGAGUUCACCAUUCCCGAGGACAUCCCCAGCGGCAAGGCCACCAUCGCCUGGAGCUGGUUCAACAAGGUCGGUAACCGUGAGUUCUACAUGAACUGUGCGCCUGUCGAGAUCACCGGUAGCGGUGGCAGCGAGGCUGGUCUUGCCGCGCUUCCUGACAUGCUGGUCGCCAACAUCGCCUCCAUGGGCACCUGCGCCACCGCUGAGGGCACCGACGUUGAGUUCCCCAACCCUGGCGCUGAUGUCGAGACGGCCGAGGGCGAGGUUAACCUCGGCCCCCCGACCGGCGAGUGCGCUGCCUCUGGCGGCUCCGGCGGCGGCUCCGGCAGCGGCGGCUCUGCUACCGCUGCCCCCGCUGGCGGCUCCACUCCCGCUGCCCGCGUCCGCCGUGGCGUCCACUUCCGCGUCUAG